AUGGCUCCCUGGAUCAACAACAUCAACAUCAACAACAACAUCAACAACAACAACAAUAUCCAACAAACGAACAUCUACCCUCCGCCUCCCCAUCCUAACCGUCCUACCAACGAGUUUUACCCUCCACUUGAGAAUGAACCUCAAAUCACAUUCGAUGAGGUCCAAGAGCGUCAUGGUCUGACUGCCCGGCUCUUCGUUGGGAAUCUUUCGGUCACCGUCGAGCAGCAAACGCUCAUGCAUGAUUUGUAUGAAGAAUUCAGGCAACACGGAUCCUGCUAUAUCGCGCUCAAGUACAGCAGGAACAAGCUAGGCCGGCAACUGCCUGGGGCGUUCGUCCAAUACGAACGUCCUGAACAUGCCCAAGCAGCUCUCAGCAUGGCCCAGAAGCUACAGCUGCACGGCCGCACUCUGAGGGUUGCAAUGGCAGUCGGGAAUAGGCAUCAGUCUGCCAGCGGGUCCCAGGCGCCCUAUCCCCAGGUGGCAUAUCCCCCGAUGCCUUAUCCCCAGGUGCCCUACACCGAGGUGUCAUAUCCUCCAGUGCCGUGUCCCCCGAUGCCUUAUCCGCAGGUGCCCUACACCCAGGUGGCAUAUCCUCCGGUGCCGUGUCCCCCGAUGCCUUAUCCCCAGAUGCACCACCUUCAGAUGCCACCACAGGGGUAUCCGUACCAGCAGGGCCCUCCGACCGAACCCACCUCUGGUCCUUAUAUGAACCCUUAUAUGGCUGGUGCUCCUGGCCCUUAUCCACCCGUUUGGGGGGAGCAGAACUACUCCGAGCAGAUGGGAUAUAACAAUUACCUGGUGUCCCCAUAUCCGCAUGAUUGGGAGGAGCAGAGCUACCCUGUGCAAGUGGAGGCCAGCAACGGUCCGGUUUUGGAACAGGUUUCUAAUGAGGGCCAACAGGCUACUGAUGAGGGACUACAGGCUACUGAUGAGGGACUACAGGCUGCUGAUGAAGGACUAGAGGCUUCUGAUGAAGAACUACAGACUUAUGAUGAGGGAGAACAGACUUCUGAUGAAGAACUACAUUUUUCUGAUGAAGAACUACAGACUUCUGAUGAGGGAGAACAGACUUCUGAUGAGGGCCAACAGGCUUCUAGUGAGAGCCAGCUUGAGCAUCAGCAGGACUCGGUCGCGACCACCUGGGAGGGGCCCCUGAUUGUGGAUGGGUCGGUUGGGUCAAACAACGAGAGCAAUUGA